UUACAUCAAAUUCCCAUGGCCCACCCAUCUCUCUAUCCUCUCUCUCUCUUAGAGAGCAAUGCAAAACCUGAAGUAAUCAUCAUCAUCAUCAUCCUCAUCACUCAUCAGAAACCAAAGCAGGCGCCUUUCUCAUCAACACUAACUCAAAAUCCAUGGCGGAUAAGGGUGUACCACUGCCAAAGUUCGGUGAAUGGGACGUCAAUGAUCCAGCAUCCGCUGAGGGAUUCACAGUAAUCUUCAACAAGGCUAGGACUGAGAAAAAGACAGGUGGCAGACCUGAGUCACCAGCUAAGGAUGACUGCACAUAUAAGCAUGGAGCAGUUCUCGGAAAGCCUCCUACUAAAAAAUGGUUUUGCUGCUUGCGUGCUGAAUCGUGAAGAAGCUCCCACGUGCUGAAUCGUAGGAAAUGCUAUUACGUAUGUAUGUCCCCAUGCCGUGAUAUAUUCCAGAAGACUGGAGCUAUGUUCAAAAGCCAUGAUUGGUCCUGCUGGAAAUGGUACUGUCUUUUUGAACAUUUGGUAGAAUUGUGGGCUUAUUUGGGAGACAAAUGAUUGAAAAACAGUACUGUAUUCUGUUCGUGUACUGGUAGACUAAUAUUUUGUCAACUUUUUUCUUCUUAGUUCUUGAUAUCAACUCUGCGCUCAUGUUUUCGUUUGUUUGUGAAAUGGAUUGGAGUUUCUUUGA